AUGGGUCUUUUCGACUUUCUAACUCAUCGUCCCUCAUCCCCUCCCAAAGUUGAGGCAACCAAAUCAUGGAAGGUGGAUCUCAUGGUUGGGUCUGACCCCGACAUCCUGAGGGAGGAAGUCCCAAUGGUGAACUUGACUGUCGGCUGGCAAGCCCAGCUCAUACUUCACACGUCAGAUAUCAUCGGCUUGAUGAGGGAAGGACUGCAUGUGUCUCAGCACAAUGUAAUUGUGCAGGAGAAUUGUUUGACCAUGCGUCCAUAUCAGCAGGAGCACAACAAGUACUACUAUGACCGUCAUUUUGCUCUCACCGGCCCCAGCUGGAAAGGGAAUUUGGUGGUCACGACACUCAGUUGCCCUGUUGCAACCAACUUCCGCGUCGAGCAUCUUUCACCAGACAAAGUAUAUCGCUGUUAUGUAUCGGAUGAUUCCAAGACGGAAUGCUGGGCAUACAAUUUUGCUAUUGAGAAACCUGAGCUCAACGCAAACUACAUUUUGGAUGACACUCCUUUGAAAGGCUUAUGGCCGUGGCCUCGGAAAGAACCCUUCCCUCGAGGAAUGGAAAAGGAGAGAACUGAGGAAGGCGAUAUGCUUGACCUGCUCUGA